AUGAAUCUCUUGUCGGGCGCAGAGCCCAUGGGCAACAACCAGCUAGAGCCAGACCUUGAGGCUGGCAACCAGGCUUCUCUCUUGAAGCAGUCAAGCCACCCCAUAUGUUUAAUCUUUCACUACCUCUUUCGCGUUGGCGCCAUCUGCACCUACUUUUUCGGCACCUGGUUCACAGACAACUUUGUGUUGAUCUUUGUUCUGUGUGUGUUGAUGCUCGUCUUUGAUUUCUGGACCGUUAAGAAUGUUUCAGGACGCCUCUUGGUCGGCUUGCGCUGGUGGAGCGAAAACAAGGAGGACGGCACUACCACCUGGCUCUUUGAGUCGCGUGAUCCAAGCCGGCCACUCAACCCGGUGGACUCUCGCCUCUUCUGGACCGGACUGUAUGUCGCCCCUGCUGUGUGGGUCGUCUUUGGCAUUCUCUGCAUCUUGACUUUCAAGCUCACAUGGCUCGUGAUUGUGGCCGUUGCGUUGGCAUUGAACUUUGCCAAUGUCAUUGGAUACACGCAGUGCGACAAGGAUGCCAAACAAAAGUGGGCGACUGGAUUCGCCUCCAACAUGUUGGGUGGUUCAGGCGCUGGAGGCAUCAUGGGCGGAUUGAUGAGCCGAGGUAUCACUCGCAUGGCCGGAUCCAUGUUCUAG